AUGAAUAUACAGGUUGUCACGACAACAGUGCUUGAAUACCGACAUGUUCCUGCAAGUUCUCCAAGACCUACGACUCCUACCACUACUACUACCACUACUACAACAACAACAAAACGACCUGUUCCUUUCAUAAAUACGGGAACGGACUCUAAAUGCGAGGACAACCAUUCCUGCCUUUCUCUUGUACCGAGUGGUUUCUGCAAGGGUACAUUAUCGGAGGCUACCAAGAAGAAAGUGUGUCCAAGGUCAUGUGGCUUCUGUGAUCCUUUGCAUUAA